AUGGGUACCAUUGUGGUCUGUGUAGUCAUGCUCCAGCUGGACAGGUCCCUUGCAGGUUGGACCUUGGAGAGUGAGGCCCUGAUUCGAGAUCUGGGCACAUGGCUCCUAUUCUGUACCUGUGCCUGCUGGGGAGUUUCUGUCCCUGAGGAGGGAGGAGGGACAUGGGCUGGAACCUUCACCUGCCUCACCAACAACAUCCUCAGGAUCGAUUGCCACUGGUCUGCCCCUGACCUGGGUCCUGGCUCUGGCUCCUGGCUCCUCUUCACUAGCAACCAGGCACCUGGCAGCAAGCACAAGUGCAUCUUCCAGGGCAGUGCCUGCACCCUGGAGCUGCCCCCUGAGGAGGUGCUCUUGCCCUCUGACAACUUCACCAUCACUCUCCACCGCUGUGUCUCUGGGAAGGAGCAGGUCAGCCUGGUGGACCCACAGUACCUGCCCCGGAGACAUGUUAAGCUGGACCCUCCCUCUGACCUGCACAGCAACAUCAGCUCUGGCUCCUGUGUCCUCACCUGGACCAUCAGCCCUGCCCUGGAGCCAAUGACCACACUUCUCAGCUAUGAGCUGGCCCUCAAGAGGCAGGAAGAGGCCUGGGAGCAGGCCCGGCACAAGGACCGCAUUGUGGGGGUGACCUGGCUCAUCCUUGAAGCCAUCGAGUUGGAUCCUGGAUCUACCUAUGAGGCUAGGUUGCGUGUGCGGAUGGCCGUGCUGGAGGACGAUGUGAUUGAAGAGGAGCGUCAUGAGGGCCAGUGGAGUGAGUGGAGCCAAUCUGUGUGCUUCCCCUCGCCCCAGCGAGGAGGCCUCCUGGUCCCAUCCUGGGGCUGGCUAGACAGCACUUUUGUCGCUGUACCUGUCUUUCUCCUUCUGACUGGCCUGACCUACCUCCUGUUCAAGCUGUCACCCAGGGUGAAGAAAACCUUCCACCAGAACGUGCCUUCACCAGCAGUGUUCUUCCAGCCCCUCUACACUGUGCACAACGGGAACUUCCAGACCUGGAUAGGGACCCAUGGAGCCAGCCCACAGCUGACUCAGGACUGUGUCAACACCCUGCAAGGAGCCUCAGAGUCCAGCAUCUGGGAGGCCAUCACACUGCUCACCUAUGGCCUGGCACGCUCCAGGCAAUCCUCAAGCCUGGAGGAGCAGGAGGGCACUGGUCCUGGUCUCUCAGAAGCCCUGAGCUCAGUGAGUGUGCAGCCAGCAGGAUGUGUGGAGUUGGGGGAACAGUCAGCCUACCUGCCACAGGAGGACUGGGCCUUUGUGUCCCUCACCAGGCCAGUUCCCCCAGACUCCCAGGGCAGAGGCAGUGACUACUGUGCCUUGGCCUGCUACAGGGGGUGUCAGCCCUCAGCCCUCUCAGGAAACACACAGAGUACGUGGCCCAUCCCAGCUUCAGCCUGUGGCCCUUCCUGCAGCCAACAGGGUGCAGAGUCCCAGCAGGGAGACACCUGUGAGGGAGCUGGUCAUGGUCAGAGGCACGGACUACAGGAGGAGCUGCCUUCUACUCUGGACAUGCCGCAGGCUCAGUCCUGAAAAUUCUAGAACUGGACUACGUUGCAUCAUGUCCAUUUUGGCAAAAAUGGACUAAAGUCCCUGGAGCUGACCCUUGGCUCAACUGGACCUCCUGGGAAGGGGCACCUGUGUAUGGCCAGAGCCUGGAUGGAAGCAGGAAGCCCUUCUCAGCCUCUGUGCUCCUGUGGGGAGGGGCCUCACCCUCAGCAUCCUGACAGCCAGCCCGUCCCUUCCCUCCCUCCUUCAGGCUUUGUCCCAGUCUUCCCUCAGAAGAGGGUUGUGGACCCAAGCUGUUCUACCCUCACUCCCGUAAAGGGCCAGCUGGGCCCAGUGGACACCGGUGAGACACCAUGACCACGUGGAGCAUCCUCUUCUAUGCCUUCUUGAGACACCUUCCCUGAUGAGAUUAAAAGGGACAUCUUGGCUAUUUCAAAUUGCAAGGGGGGGCAGCUGGAGGAGGUGGGAGGGGUGGUUUGUCCAGCCCUAUGCUUUCUGGGCUUCAGGACUUUGGGGAUAAUGUUUUUAACACAUGAAAUCUGGAAGGCAAACAUUCUGACCGUGGUGCCAUGCUUUCAGAUCAAGGCAUGGGAUGGCAGGCUCCAUUUCAGCUUAAAUGCCCAAAAUUAUGUUGUGGAAUAAUCAGAACAGUGAAUUUUAGAGGUUCUGCAUCAGGACUAGCCUGUGGCACAGACUGAACAAGCUAACAGAAUCCAAGCUCAGGAGGCAGUUGAUGCCUGUGAAAAGAGAUAAACAGAAGUUGCUUGGGGAAAUGAAGGUAUGGUACGAGGUCUUCCAAGCUGAUCAGAGGUGGGUCCAGGAGCUGCCUCUAGGUUCUACCUGGUAGGUAUGGUCCUAUGGGGCUCCUGGGGUUGCCUCCAGGUCUGGCUGUCCUUCCCCAGGAGGCUUCUGUGGGCAAAGAUGCAGACUUGGGUUUGUCCCUGCAUUCUCCUGAGUUUAUCCUCUGCAUCUACAGGUGUCUCCAUAUAGAACCCUCUUUGCCUCACUGUGAGGCACAAAGACAAAGGGAGUGCAGGUGGCUCAGGUGUGGGCCAGAGCAGAGGCCUGGGGGAACUCAGAGUCCCCAGGCCUCCAUGACAUGAAUGCUGUGCAGUUCUGUUAUUGACCCACCUAUUGAGGUACAUCCUAAUUCUUUAAAGUUCUUGACCAUUGUGAACACGACUGCUGUGUGCCACUGCAUGCUGUAUUUAGACAUAGGUUUUCAAGGCAGUUGUCUGAAUUCUUAGUAUCAUGAGUGUUGAGUCCUAUGGUGAGAAACUGCCAAACUGUUUCAUAGUGGCCAACUUCUGUGCCCUCCCCCAGAAUGCAUGAGCCCCUGUUGUUCACAUCCUCCACAGUGGAGACUGCAUGGCAGUGCCCUCUUGCUGUUUUUGUCAUUUUCUCUCAUGGCAAGUGGAGCUCAGCAUCAUUUUCCAUGCUUUGCCAUCUGCAUGACAUCAUCAUCUCCUCCUCCUCCUCCUCCUCCACCUUCUUCUUUUAAUAUUUUUAACUGUAGAUGAACAUGGUAUUUUUUUUUUUUUUUUUUUUUUUUAGUGCAGUGCUGAGAAUUGAACUCAGUUCCUCCCACAUGCUAGGCAAGUGUUCUACCACUGAGCCACAACCCCAGCCCUGCAUAUCUUCUUUGGUGAGAUCUCUAUUCCAAUCUGUAUCUCUUUGUAAUUGGAGGGUUUAUUUUCUUAUUGUUGCGUUUUUUUUUUUUUUUUUUUUGGCACUGGGGGUUAAACCCAGUAUCAGGGGAACUUGACUACUGAGCUGAAUCCCUAGCCUUUUUAAUUAAAAAAAAAAAUUUUUUUUGUAGUUAUACAUGGGUAACAUGCCUUUAUUUUUUAUUUUAUUUUUAUGUGGUGCUGAGGAUUGAACCCAGUGCCUCACACAUGUGAGGCAAGCACUCUGCCACUGAGCUAUAGCCCCAGCCCAUUUUUUUUAGAAUUUUGAGACAGGGUCUUGCUAAGUAGCCCAUACUAGCCAAUUCAGCCUCCCAAGUUGCUGGAAUUACAGGUGUGCACACUGAGCCCGGCAUGUUUGAGUUUUGAUACACCAACUUUUCUACCUUUUCCAAGUACUUUGACACUGAGAUAAAGGAGUCAGGUGAACCAUA